AUUAAUAAUAAACUACUGAUGCCAAAAAAUUCAUCAAUACAUUCUCACAUUGUAAUGCAGCUUGCCAUAAUUUAUAACACUAACUAAUUAAAGGUAUUUUGAUGAAUAUAGCACACAAUCUAGCACAGGUUACAAUUCGAUUAUUUGCUUAAGCAAAUAAAAAUAUGGCAUCGCUAUACAAGGUUAACCAAUAGAUUAAAGAAACCAAAGAGAGUAAGGAUAUAUAAACUUUCACACCCAAUCGCAUUUAACAAUGCUUUUGACUAAAUUGCUCAUAGAUUGAUACAGUUUAAAUGAAAGGAGUCAUGCUGACGAUCUUGCUUUAUUAGUGAAUAAAUAAGUUUUA